UCAAACACUGCGGCAUCAUCCUAUAAUCUCUGUCUGUCUCUCUCUCUCUCUCUCUCUCUCUCUCUCUCUGACACAUUUCUGCGAGUGAGUGUUUAAAAAGGCGCGGAUCUAGUAGCCGUGGGUUAUUCUCAGUUCUCUUCAUACUGCAUGACCAUCACAAAGAUGACAUGGCGUCCUCAGUACCGUAGUUCCAAGUAUCGCCAUGUGUUUGGGAAGCCGGCCACAAAAGAGAACUGCUAUGAUGGUGUCCCCAUCACCCGGAGUGUUCAUGACAAUCACCUCUGCACCGUCAACCCUCGCUUUAUCGCCGUCAUCACUGAAUGUGCAGGGGGUGGGGCCUUCCUGGUACUGUCCAUCAAUCACACUGGCAAGGUUGACCCUCAUCAUCCGAAGGUUUCUGGUCACAGAGGCAAUGUACUUGACAUCAAAUGGAAUCCUUUUAAUGACUUCUGCAUAGCAUCUUGUUCAGAGGACACCACAGUAAAGAUCUGGGAUAUCCCUGAACAUGGUGUUUUGAAGAACAUCACAGUGUCUCAGAAGGAGCUGCAGGGUCAUUCACGACGUGUCGGACUUAUUGAAUGGCAUCCCACUGCUGACAACAUCAUUUUCAGUACUGGCUAUGACUAUCAGGUUAUGGUGUGGAAGCUCGAUGUUCCUGAACAGGUGAUCAAGAACCCUGUGCGGUCCAUCAGUGUGCACUCAGAUGUGGUUCUGUCCAUGUCCUUUAACACAGACGGAAGUAGGCUCGCCACCUCUUGUAAGGACAAGAAGAUCAGAGUGAUUGACCCACGUACUGGCACCCUUUUACAGGAGACCGACUGCAAAUCACACAAAGCCAGUAAAGUGCUAUUUCUUGGAAACCUGAAAAUGCUCCUCUCUACGGGCAAUUCACGCUGGAACCAUCGUCAGAUUGCACUUUGGGAUCAGGAGGACCUCUCUCAGCCGUCUUAUUCAGAGGACUUGGACGGCUCCUCUGGUGUUCUCUUCCCGUUUUAUGACCCUGACACACACAUGCUUUACAUAGCUGGAAAAGGUGAUGGAAAUAUCAGAUACUAUGAAAUCAGCCCAGAGAAGCCAUAUGUGCACUAUUUGACUGAAUACCGGUCUCUUCUACCACAGAAGGGAAUGGGUGUCAUGCCAAAGAGAGGUCUUGAUGUGUGUUCCUGUGAAAUCUUCAGAUUCUACAAGCUAGUGACAAUCAAAAGUCUCAUAGAAACUCUAUCCAUGAUUGUUCCACGAAGGUCAGAGUCCUAUCAAGAGGACAUUUACCCCAUGACAGCUGGGAACAAGCCUUCCAUGACAGCAGAUGAGUGGAUCGGUGGUCUAGACAAAGGUCCUGUGAUGAUGUCUCUGAGGCCUGGAAGUAAACUGGACUCAUAUGUGGAACUGGGCUCAGGGAAAGACCCAACAGACUCGAUGGAGACACAGCAUUCUCGUAGUCGGCCAGGACUAUCACUGCUGAUUCAGGAACGGCUGGAUGCCAAAGAAGGGAACGCACGCAAAGUAUCCCCCGCUACCUCGCUGCUCCCAUCCACAGAUGAAAAGAGCAGCUCUACAACCUACGUCCGCAAUGGACAACUAGAUUCCACGCACUGCUCGCCACCAAAAACAGAGAAUGAGCUACGACAAAUGUUUUAUAAGCAGCAGGAAGAGAUCCGAAGGCUGAAGGAGCAGCUUAACCAGAAGGAUGUGCGGAUAAAACAGUUGGAAUUGGAGAUCAAAAAUGUGAGAAACUCACAAGCCAAUCUUUAAAAGAAACUGUAGUACAGCACACUGUCAAAAAACUUGUCUGCUUCACUAACAUUCACAUAAAAAAUGUUCUGCUUCAUGAAUUAUGCUGUAAAGGUGCGGUCACAUUUACAGAAGUCCAGUCAUUUCUAGAGGAAUCCUUGCGAUCGGGAGUUUCGUUUGAUGGCGAAACAGUUCCCCUCAGAGUUUGUGUUCAAGUUGGUCACACGAAUUUGAGCCAUUGACCAAUAGAAAGCUGCUUGGAUUGAAAGUGACUCUGGGCUUCAUGCAUCGCUACACUUGUGACAAUGGACAAUAGACCUUUUUGCCCACGAAAUUUCGCUAAUGUGACCGCGCCUUAAGGAAACACAUUGGUUACAUCCACAUUUCUAGUGUCUCUUUAUGGAAAGUAAUUCCUUGUAUGCACGUUUUGUGCACAUAUACUAUACACCCUUCAUGGAAAUUUUUAUUAGACUUCAGCACUAUGCAAAGAUUUUUUUUUUUUUUUU